CCCCUCUCCGUGUUGUUCCCGCAGCAGUGAAGAUGGCGGCGGCGGCGGUGGCGGCGCUGGGCGCGGGGCUGGGCCGCAACCUGCGGGAGCUGCGCGUCCACCUGUGCCAGCGCUCCCCGGGCAGCCGCGGCGUCAGAGACUUCAUCGAGCAGCACUACGUGACCCUGAAGAAGGCGAACCCGGAUUUCCCCAUCCUGAUCCGCGAGUGCUCCGGUGUGCAGCCCAAGCUGUGGGCUCGCUACGAGUUUGGCAAGGAGAAGAGCGUGUCGCUGGACAACCUUUCAGUGGAUGAAGUGGCCAAGGCCUUGGAGAGUGUUGUGAAAAGCAAGGUGUGAAGACAGGCAGUAAAUGUGCACGUGCUGCAGACACCACUGAUGCUGUUUAAUGUAAAAACGUGUAUUUUUUAAUUUAUCAAUCACAUAAACACAACAUCAUUACCCUGA